AACUAUUUGUUCAAGAUUCUAAGUAAUAUGCUUGUGAAUCUUGAAAUAAAAUAUCAUAAAUUUUGUUGUGACAGAUAUAAACGAUCACCGUCAGAAACUUGUAGGUGUGAAAGGGGACUCCGCUUAUAAAUUUCGUCUUGAAUAAUUUUGAAAGUGCAAUACUUUUUCCUUUACCAUCGGGCCGAUGUACUGCGCAUGUGUUCAGUAACAUAGUGUAAUUGCCACAACUGCUAUUAUGUACCCUGCAAAAAGGUUUUGAGUCACUAAGGUUAAAAAGCAAGCUUAAGUAAGCGCCAAAAUGGUAAAGGCGCAAUUGGAGGUGUUGUCUGCUCUAGACGUAGCGAAGACACAGUGGUACCACUUUACGGCCAUAGUGAUCGCAGGAAUGGGGUUUUUCACGGACGCGUAUGAUCUUUUCUGCAUCUCCACUGUCACAAAGCUUCUCGGACGGCUGUACUACUAUGAUCCGGCGUCAGGCAAGCCAGGAUCGUUGCCUCCGAAUGUGGCUGCGGCGGUUAAUGGCGUAGCCCUUUGCGGAGCGCUAGGAGGUCAACUGUUCUUCGGUUGGCUUGGGGACAAAAUGGGAAGGAAAAGAGUCUACGGCAUGACGUUGAUGCUUAUGGUCAUUAGCGCCUUAGGCACCGGCCUAUCCUUUGGUCAUACGGCCAAGUCCGUGAUGACGACGCUCUGUUUCUUUCGCUUUUGGCUAGGGUUCGGUAUCGGAGGCGACUACCCACUAUCAGCCACGAUCAUGUCCGAGUACGCGAAUAAAAGAACCCGCGGCGCUUUCAUUGCCGCCGUGUUCGCAAUGCAGGGUUUCGGCAUUCUGGCCGGAGGUGCCAUAGCCAUCAUGGUCUCCCUGGGCUUCAACAAAGCGUAUAAGAGCCCCGCGUUCGCAGAAAACCCUGAACUCUCCACUGCUCCGCAAGCCGACUUCGUGUGGAGAAUAAUCCUCAUGGCGGGAGCUGUACCCGCUGCCCUGACCUACUAUUGGCGCAUGCGGAUGCCGGAAACCGCGAGGUUUACAGCACUGGUCGCAAAGAAUGCGAAGCAAGCCGCUUCCGACAUGUCCAAGGUGCUUCAGGUGGACAUCCACGAAGACCCUGCCACAAUCCAAACAGUUGAAGCCGACGACGCUGUCAAUUACUCCAUAUUUUCUAGACAGUUUCUAGUACGCCACGGUCGGCAUCUUUUAGGCACUACAUCCACCUGGUUCUUGCUCGACAUUGCUUUCUACAGCCAGAACCUGUUCCAGAAAGAUAUCUUCACGGCCGUCGGAUGGCUUCCCGCCGCCAAGAAAAUGAACGCCAUAGAAGAGGUCUACAGAAUUGCAAGAGCACAGUCAUUGAUUGCACUGUGCUCAACAGUUCCCGGCUACUGGUUCACUGUAUUCUUCAUAGACCGUAUCGGACGGUUUACUAUCCAGCUCAUGGGAUUCUUCUUCAUGACGGUCUUCAUGUUCGCCAUAUCAAUACCAUACGACCACUGGAGAGGCCAUAAAUGCGGGGACACGUACUGCGGGGGAAACCAUGCGGCUUUUGUGGUGCUUUAUUCUUUCACCUUUUUCUUCUCCAACUUUGGGCCCAACAGCACCACCUUCAUUGUUCCGGCGGAGAUAUUCCCCGCGCGGUUGCGAUCGACGUGCCACGGGAUAUCGGCGGCCGCCGGGAAAGCGGGGGCAAUUGUCGGAGCAUUCGGGUUUCUUUAUGCUGCGCAGAGUCCACAUGAAAAGCAGACAGAUGCAGGGUAUCCUAGAGGAAUUGGCAUUAAAGCAGCCUUGCUUGUGCUCGCAAUAAUAAAUUGUCUAGGGUUUGUGUGCACUUUUCUGGUGCCGGAGACAAACGGGAAAUCGCUUGAGGAAUUAUCAGGCGAGAACGAUGAGGAAGCGGUUGGAUCCAAGCAAACCAGGCCAGUCGACUCUCCUCCUUCAACCAAAGCUUCCAUGACCAACUUUUAAGCCAGAAAAGAAUUUUUAUUCUCCUCUUCAGCCCCCUUUUUGGUGGGUGUGAAAUCUUGAGCUUUUCUUAGGUGAAAAGUGAGUUGAGUAUCUGUUCUUCGACAUAUCGUCAAAUUUAUUCCCUUUGUUAGGUCUAAUUUUGUCCUAGAAUAUUAGGAAGUUUAUUUACUUUUGAUCAUGGAAGCUAUUGUCAUGCCCAGUUCAUGUCGGCCAAAACAUCUAUUUAAAUAAAAGUUUAAUAAAUAGAAAACUCCAGCAAUACCUGA